GAUGGGUUUGCCAAACUGAAGAGCCACAGGGCGCUUUAGAAAAUUACUACCUAAAUAUUCCCUCUUUCCUCUUCACUCUCUCUCUAGAAACAAUACCUUUCUUCAGGAAGGAAACAGGGUAAAAGGAACAACACCAGCGAUGGCUACGUCUUCUAGAAGGUCGAGCGGGGCGGUUUUGCCUGGCCACCGCGCCGACGCUAUUCGUAAUUCCUCCUCCUCGUCGUUCGCUUCGUCUACCAGCUACUAUUCCUCAUCUCCUGCAGCCGGUUUCCUCAACCAGCGCCGUGCGGCCUCUCCGACGCGCGUCAACCUCCACGGCCUGUUCUCUCCGCCUCCGUCGCGCUCCGUUCGCUUCGAAAUCGACAGAUCUAUAUCUCCGCGCCGCUCGAUCGCCGCGGCGCCGCGCAAUCAGGUCGUGCAGAGGAGCGGCGGGAAUAUUCAGAAGCGGACGUGCCUAUGCUCCCCGACGAAUCAUCCAGGUUCGUUUCGAUGUGCUUUGCACAAAAACAGCGGCGGGAAUCAACCGAUCUCAUACUCUCCGAAUCGGUUGAACAUGAGGAGAUCUGCGAUGACGAAUUCUCUGGUGAGGAUCGGCACCGUGGAAGGAGAUCUGGUGAAGCGAGCUCUAGCGGCUUUGAUUCGUCCGUCGUCGCACCAGCAGCGUCGCCGAGCCGACUUCCGGCCGCGGCAGAGCCGUCUCUCGGUCAUGUCCAACGCCGACGACCUCUGACUCAGCGAAGCCGGAGUCUGCAGGUUUGGUUACAUUCGAAAUCACCAAUCGGUUGGCGAAAGCGUCCCGAUCCGCGGCGGCGACACCUGAACAAUUUUCGGAAACAGGGAAGCUGAUGUUUGUGUUGGUUGUACAUAUGCUUUCCAAAAUGAAGACAUAUUCGAUUUGAAAAAAAUAGAGCAUUCUCGAUCUAAUUAAUUGAAUGAAACGAAUUUGCCCAGACACCAAAGAGCAAUGAGGGGAAGAAACUAUAAUUUGAAUCUAAAAUUGAAGGAACAAGUAGUGUAUGCGUGUUGUGUUUGCGGCUGGUUGAGAUUAUUGAGAUCAUUCCAUUCUCAUUGCUGCGUAUUCCGUUACGGUGUCGUUUCCGUUCAAUCCGUUCCUCCGUUCCGUGCGUUGAUUCGUAUUGAGGUAAUUUUCGUCGUUCGCUUCAAUUUGUAAUUAUUUGUAUUGUAACUCGUAAUUUUGAUCUUUGAUUAUUUGUGUUGAGAUCUGUUGAAGCGUUGCCUGCAAGGAUCGUCAAGCAUGAAGUCGAAGGCCGCGGCUAUGGACUUCUGAUCUGGUUUUACCUUAGCUUGGAAGAUGGACUAAAGAUAAAUUUCUGUAAAUUUUACGGAAAUUACUUCACCUUUCUCCCUUCA